AUGGAUUUACGGUUGAAGGGAUCGUUAAUGGGGAAUGUUCAGUGGAAUGGAAAUUAUAAUAGGAUAGAAAAAUCUGUGGAAAGUAGUAGUUUUAGAAGUUCGAAAUGAAGUUGGAGGAUUUAAGUAGAGAAGUGAGUGUUGACAAGGUUGCAAUGUAGUACUACAAAAGUCAUUGAGACAAAGUAAAAACGUACUUCAGUAGAAAUGUCGUGUUAAUUAGCUUAAACAGUUCCACGUGUUUCCCCCUUUCAGAAUCGAUUCACUUGAAUCUCGUUUAUGUUGCAGAAAUCAGAAGGACGAGUACAUCUCGCAGAAUGGACAUGUGCGGGGUCUACUUGUCUCAACUGCGAGCGAUGCUCGUGAGGAAUCUCUUGUUGAAGAAGCGCGAGAAGCGGAAGACUACGGCGGAAAUUUUCCUCCCCCUUUGUACCCUAGGAGUGUUGAUAGUAGUAAAAGUAUUACCACCGAAUCCAAAUUAUCCCGCAAUGACAACGCAGAGGCAGGAGGGUGGUAUAUUCGAGACAUUCAAUGGCUACAAGAACAAUACGAUAGCCGUUGUUCCAAACUCAACAGAAACUUUGACCUUUUUAAAUUCGAUGAAUGCCCUAUGGUCAUCAAUGUGGGACUAUCCUGGCAAACUUCCUUUAAAUUUCAUGGUGUUUGAUACUAAGGAUGAUCUGCAAGCGGCGUAUUGGAGAGAUCCAUAUAGUGUACCUUUAGCAGUAAUCUUCGAGGAUCCUGAACCUAUAUCUCAGCGUCUCUUGUAUGAAAUAAGAACUAAUCCAUCAUAUACGAAUCCACCUUCACCGACUGAAUUAUAUUCCGCCCCAGUUACUUGCCGAAAAGAUACGAGCCACUGGUUGGGUGGUGUAUUGUCAAUAGAGACUGGUGGAUCAUGUCCUGUGAAUAAUUAUUUGCACUCGGGUUUCUUGGCAUUACAAAUGAUAAUGGAUAUCACAAAGAUAAAAACUGGAUGCUGGCCUUUAGAGUUGUUAUACCUCUUUUUAUGGUCCUGGCUCUUUCGCAAUUUGUCACUUAUCUUCUGAUCCUGAUAGUCGGUGAGAAAGAGAAAAAGAUCAAAGAAGGAAUGAAGAUAAUGGGCCUAAAAGAUUCGAUAUUCUGGUUAUCGUGGUUCAUUAUCUACAGCGUUUUUGUCUUAUUGCUCUCUGCUGUUGGAGUAAUACUACUUUUUACACUACAAAUGUUUCAACACACACACUUUUUACCAAUAUUCCUUUUGGUAGUGCUCUAUAGUUUCUCCAUAAUCAUGUUCGCUUUUAUGAUAACACCUUUCUUCGAUAAAUCACGAACUGCCGGUGUGCUUGGCAAUUUCGCAGUUACGAUAAUGAGCUUGAUGUACUUUAUUCAAGUCUUUAUAAAUGACUCUAGCUCAGUCCCGUUUUGGUUAGUCUCUCUUCUUAGUCCAACUGGCGUUGCUUUGGCUAUGGAUAAGGCUCUUGUAUUAGAUCUACAAGGAGAAGGAGUCAACUUUGACAAUCUUUGGUCAGGUCCUGGUAUACCAUUUGGGGGGAGUCUUAUUAUGAUGACUUUAGACAUAAUUCUUUAUGCUUGCUUAGCUUACUAUUUUGACUCUGUUAUACCAAGUACCGUCAUCAAAUGGUGAGUCAAAUUCUUUCAUCCCUGGUGAAGAAACUAACCGUGACGUUGAACCUGUGGUCCGUGAAAUGAAGGGUCGUGAAGCAAUUAGAAUAGUCGAUCUUUACAAAUCUUAUCAGAAAUGUCGUAAAGCAGAAAUUAAAGCCGUGAAUGGUAUUAAUUUAACUAUUUACGAGGGUCAAAUUACGGCAAUACUUGGACACAACGGAGCUGGCAAAACAAGUCUUUUCAAUAUAUUAACUGGCCUGACCGCACCUACUGCUGGCACUGCCUUAAUAUUUGGUUAUGAUGUUCGAGAUUCCAAUGAUAUGCAGAUGAUUAGAAGUAUGACUGGUGUUUGUCCACAACAUGACAUCCUUUUCGAUCUCCUCACACCUCGCGAGCAUCUUGAAUUCUUCGCUGCUGUACGUGGCAUCCCAAAAUCAAUGAUUGAACACGAGGUAAAAAAGACUUUGAAAGAUAUUGAUUUAACUGAGAAAGCAGAUACUUUUGCAAAAUAUUUGAGCGGGGGACAAAAAAGAAAAUUGUCUGUAGGUAUCGCCAUUAUCGGUGAUCCGAAGAUUAUUAUCCUCGAUGAACCAACAGCUGGAGUUGAUCCCUACUCUAGGAGACAGAUGUGGUCUUUCUUACAAUCUAGACGUCACGGAAAAGUGAUUCUAUUGACGACCCAUUUUAUGGAUGAAGCAGAUAUAUUAGCUGAUAGGAAAGCGGUUAUUAGCAAAGGAAAGCUGAGAUGCUGUGGCAGUUCUUUGUUCUUAAAAAAUAAAUUUGGCAUCGGAUAUCAUUUAACGUUAGUACUUGAAGGAAAUGUGAGAGAACACGCUAUUACCAGAUUAGUAAUAUCUCACGUCUCAAAGGCAGAAAAGGCAAGACGUCAUGGACGUGAACUGAGUUUUAUUUUACCUCACAAUUCAGUGGAAAGCUUCGCACCACUUUUCUCAGCUAUAGAACAUGAGAUCAAAACCCGAUCAAGUAGAUUAGGCAUUAGUAGUUAUGGAGUAUCAAUGACUACUUUAGAAGAAGUAUUUCUGCAUUUAGAAAAAGAUGAAGGCCCCGAGUAUACUAUGGAUAAUUUAUCAAAGAAAAUGGUGCGCAAUCGUGCAUUAAGUAGGUCUUUAUCAUUACAAUCUAAGAGUACUUCUUAUCAGAGUUUGCAGAACGAAGGUGUUACUGUCCAGAAUGAUGGUCAAGCAAAAGAGGCAGGGGAUUUACCGGAUGGCGUUCAUAAUGAUAGAAAUCCUCCUGUUCUUGGCCUUGGAUUAGACCCCAUAAAAAUUCGGCCUAACUUCCUCCAAACCUUAUACGCUAUGCUUCGCCUAAGGAUACUCAGACUCUUUAGGAACAUUCAGUUAUUGUACUUCACUAUCGUUGCGCCUCUUUUUCUAGUAGUUGUUGGCCUCCAUUUAAAUAGCAUUCAAACAGUUGAGGUCAAGAUGCAUUCUCUUAAAUUGAAUACUGAUACUUACGGAAAUGAGACCAAAAUUUUGUAUGCGAAUAAUACCGAUCACGAUAUCACAGAUUUAAUCGAUGGAAUAAGUCAAAAUGUAAAGCACAUUGAAGAAUAUUCUGGAAAUUUUGCAAAUUUGUUAAAAAUUGCACCACAUAUAGCUGCUUUUAAUAUCACUGAGUAUAGUCUAUCUAGAAUCAAUUUAACUGUCACAUAUAACGACACCAUCCAACAUUCCCUACCAAUCUUAAUAAACUUGUUAUCAAACACUUAUUACAGAUUGAUCUCAAAUAAAGAUACAAAACCAAUUGAAGUUAAGACACAUCCUUUUCAGCAAACUUCUCAACCACAAGAAUUCAAUAUUGGCACAGCGAGUUCCGCUUUGUUUAUUGGAAUGAAUUUUGUAUUGUUACCAAUAACUUUAGUUGUAGAUAUGGUCUACGAUCGUGAAAUAAAAGCGAAGAAUCAGCUUCGUGUCAAUGGUCUGUCUUUUUCUAUGUACUUUCUGACGUACUUUAUUGUACUUGUCGGCCUGAUGACUUUCAUUUGUUUAUGUAUUCUUGGCAUCAUAUUUCUCUUUGACGUGCCUUCGCUUCAAGAAAUACCAGCUCUUAUUACUUUAGGUGGUCUUUUGAUGCUUUAUUGUCCAUCAUCCAUUCUAUUCUCGACAUGUUUGAGUUAUAUCUUUGAUAAGAUGGAUUCUGCUCAAAGUAUUUUGCCCAAUAUUGCAACUUUUAUUGGGCUUAUUCCGUUUAUACUAGUCACAAUUCUUGAUAUGCUGGGCCUUAGUGGAACAGCAGCGUUCAUUCUACAUGUAAUUUUUUCUUUACUCAACACAUUGUACGUACCAUAUGCUGCAGUGUAUUAUGUAGAAAGAGUGCAUCUAAUGUGCUCUAUUAAUGCUGCUUGCCAUCAUUUAACUAUGUCUGAUUAUUUAACCACGGAAAUCAUUUUAAUGGCCUUUGGCGUGCUUCUGCACUGCCCGGUGUGGUUUUUCGUGCUUUUACUGUUAGACAUUAAGAAGAGUGGUGGUAAUGUUAGCGAUGUAUUGAAGCAUUUUCUGCGUAAUGGCGGAUCGAUCGGUGAGGAAAUAAUGGAAAACUCUGACGUUGGUGAGCACGAAGAUGCAGACGUUAAAGCAGAAAAGCAGAAAGUCUUUAAUCUAAUUAGUUCAUCAUCCGUUCAAGAACCGCCUGUAGUUCUAGUACAGAAUUUGAGAAAAGAAUAUCGACAAAAAGAUACAGGAUCAUGCAGUUGUUGUUCAAAACAAGAUGAAGAAGCUAGUCAAAUACAACGAAAAGUUGCUGUAAGAAACCUUUCGUUAGCAGUUGAACCAGGAGAAGUAUUCGGUUUAUUGGGUCACAGCGGUGCUGGCAAAACGACAACAAUGAAGAUUAUUAUAGCUGAAGAAGCAGCUACUCGAGGCAGAGUGCAGAUCGGUGGUCAUAAUAUUAAUUCAAGUAUGACGGAAGCUUUCAAACAAAUGGGAUAUUGUCCCCAACAUGAUGCUCAAUGGAAGAAUAUUACUGUUAGGGAACACUUAGAAUGUUAUGCCGCCAUUCGUGGUGUACCAUGGGGUGAUAUCAGCAGAAUCGUGGAUUUAUAUCUUACUGGUUUGCAAAUUCACGAACACGCCGACAAACAAACUCAAGAAUGUUCGGGUGGAACUAGAAGGAAACUUAGUUUUGCCAUGGCAAUGAUCGGAGGUCCAAAAGUUGUUUUAAUGGAUGAACCUAGUGCAGGAAUGGAUCCUAGGUCAAAAAGGUUUUUGUGGGAUACAAUUCUUGCUAGUUUUCAGGGUGGUAGAGGAGCAAUUUUAACCACUCAUUCAAUGGAAGAAGCUGACGCUCUCUGUUCUAGAGUGGGUAUAAUGGUGAAAGGAGAGUUAAGAUGCGUUGGCUCUACUCAACAUCUCAAGAAUUUAUACGGCGCAGGCUAUACCCUCGAAAUGAAACUCUUAGGCGGUGACUGUACACCAACGACACCCUCCGGUGAUAGAAUUACUAGUUUGAAAGAAUUUGUUUCCAGUCUUUUUCCAGAUGCAACUCUCGAAGAAAGUUUUGCCGACAGAUUAGUUUUUGCUGUUCCUCAACAUGCAGUCAACUCGCUGGCCGAGUGUUUUACGCAGUUGGAGAAAGCCAAGCUCGAGUUAGAUAUCGAAGAAUACAGUUUUAGCCAAACUACUUUGGAGCAAGUUUUCCUUAAAUUUUCCCACUAUGACGAAUCUAAUUCGGGAGAAUGAUGACUCACACAAAUGAGUGUAUUUAUUCCCAUGUGUUGUAUAGUGAAAUACUCAUGGAACUGCUCAACUUGUGCAAAAAGUGUAAAAAAUGUUAUUCUUGGAAGAAGUGAUUUGUUCUUUAAUGUUCUCACAUACUAUUGAAAAUCACGAAGACAGAAACGAUUUCUGCAUCAAUCUAAAAUAUCAAGCAUAUUCUAAUAGUUACGUGAAAAGACUUUAUAUUAUCUUUGGAUGCAAACUUUGAAGAUUACCGAUCCUAUUUUGAUCCUCGAGGAUUCCGUGAGUGAAAGAAAACGUAUUUUUACGAUAUACAUCGAUCGACCUAAUCGCUAAAAAAAAUUAGAUUUUUUUUUUUUGAGCCGGUGUAUCGUAUUGUUACGUUCAUCAGAAUUAAACAGUGACUUCCUAACUAUUGAAAUGGACAUAUGUGUAAAAUUAAUCGAGCUGUAAAUAGUGGAAAGCUGUGAACGAUUUAUUCGGUUCAGUCUGCAAGGAAAAGGAAUAACAAUACUACUUAAACAGUAAUAUUCAUAAUUUUGAAAUUAUAUUGUAACAUAGUCUAUUAUUCGAUUCCUACGGAUAUUACGAAUAGGUCUCAUAAUUAAUAUUGCUGUGGAAUUGGAACGUUAUUAUCAUCAUUAUAAGAAUAAUAUUAAAUAUUGACAGGAAACGAAACAAGAAUCCAAGGAUCAAUAUUAAAUUCUUUUUAAAUGCAGUGAAUUUAAUGAAUUACCUAUCUACAUUGAUAAACGUAGAAACACAACACCUGUAUAUUCAUUUUAGUGAUAUUUAUGAUUACUCGUGGUUAUUUCGAGUAUUGUUAAAAAAAAAAAAUGGCAUCGUUGUUCAGAAAGGGUGCUAUAUCGAGAAAGGCUACGUAAUAUACAAUCGGGCGGUUUGAUUUGAGCAUAAAGUGUGUAGUACGUAUUUAUAAACACUUCUCCAAUUCGCUUAUGGUCUUUACCGAAGCCUUUUGAAUAACAAAAAAAGAAGUUGAUAGGUUGUUAAUCUUGCCUCGGUAGCACGUAAGACGAUAAUUUAAUACAAGACUUCUGUGACAGAAGCAAGCGAAGUAUGAUAGAACAACUUGAAUUCAGUAAAAUAUAUUACAAGAAAUUUUAAAUAGUCCAUGAAUGAUUUCAUAAUUUAUGUUAAGAAAAACACUACAUUAUGACAAAAUUAUUAGUAACUAUCUUUUUAUACAAUUUUUUGUUCAAUGUUAUAAUUUAAUUGUUCACUUUCCAACGUUCUUACUUUUUUAGAAAAUACUUUAUUUUUUACUGCAAAUGCAAAUCUUCAGUAAAUAACAUAGUAUGAUGAAAACGAGUUGAAAAGAAUGAAACUAAACAAAAACAAUAAUUUUUUAUUACAUUACGUAAAGCUGCAAGCAUUAUAUUGAACCCUGUUUAAGAAUGGACUUUAAAAAUAAAUCUAAAAAGAGUUAGAUAUUUUGUUCUGUAUAAUCAAGAGGGCCUGGUAUGCGUUAAGAAUGAUUCAUUGAAAAGGUAAAAAGGAAAAUAUUUAAAAAAAGACUUAGUUAAAAUGUUAGGGAAAAAUAUGCUCUCAAAAUUUUUCAUCGGAGAACAAAUUUUUUUAGAUAUUAUGUGCGUACACUCGAUCUUCCGUAGUAAAAAAAAAAUAAAAAAAAAAUAAAAAAAAAAAUUAAACGGAAGAAACA